CCAGUUUCUCUUUCAGAAAGCAGCUGUGGUAAGGCUAAUUCAAAUACUGUUGACCGUGCAACUUUCUGAUUAAACAUUUAAGGACAACAAGAGUCAUGCUACUGCCUGGUGUGUUGAUGGGUUUCAUCAUUUCCAUCUCAGGGGUGAAUGGUGAGGCAAAAAGCAUCUGUGCUUUAAGACGAUCUUCAGUGGAUCUGCCCUGCCCAGCUCUCUCAUCGACUGUGAAAUGGUACACUGUACACGAGGACGGUGUCAAGUAUGUUAAGAAGGCGCUCUCUGCAGAUGAAACUCAUGUAACUUACAAGAUGUCUGAAGAAAGUCGUCUUAUUUUGACGAUCAAUGAUCUGAGACGAAAUGACUCAAAAUAUUACUGCUGCAGCAGCAAUGAUGAGGACCCUGCAGUUUGCUGGAAUAAUGCAGUUCAGCUCACUCUUUCAGACCUGCAGGUGAAGGUGAUUCCCUCCACAGAGGGACAAACAGUAACUCUGAUGUGCAGCACCAGCUGUCCUCUGACUGAAAAGCCUGCAGCCUACAUCUGGUACAAGAACGGAGAGUUUCUCUAUGAGGACUGGUCUCCCUGGUACCAAGAGCUGCUCAGCAGUGAUCAAGCAGUCAGAUACUCCUGUGCUGUCAAAGGCUACGAGGGUCUCAGAGCUCCUGAAGUCUCAGUGGAUUCUGUCACACCGACCUGCUUCAGUGUGACCUACUCUAGAGGGAGGAUGUGUUCAUAUGAUCAAACAUCACAGAAAGAAGCUUGUUCUAUCACAUAUCCCAGAGAAUUAAAAGUUGAAAGGUCUUCAGGGUCAUCGGUUGAAGUGAAAUGUACCACCAGCUGUCCUGAGAUUGAUCCAAAGAUUUCCUAUAGAUGGUACGAGAACAAAACCUUCAACAGACGAGCUGACAAACCACAGAUUUUAGUUUCAAAUUCUUCGACUACAAGCUUCUACUGUGCUGUAAAAGACCACGAGGAUCUGCUGUCUGCUGACGUCUGUGCUGUGGAAAAGAAGUGCCGGAUGUUGAACUACGCCAGCAGGAGAAUCUGUGCUCUGCAAGGCUCUUCAGUGGAUAUUAUCAGUCAAUACUCGCACCCUGACAACAAGCAAACCACUUUUAGAUCAUGGUAUAGAAUAAAAAGUGGCGAGCAGGAGAGCGUUGUGCAGCUGACUGAGGAAGCAGGACGUGUUCAGUAUCAUGACAACAUAAAUGAGCACAUCCUAAAAAUCGAAAACCUGAAGAGGGAGGACUCAGGAGAAUACAUGUUCCCAACGCAGCGGAUACUUAACAGAGGACGGAAACUGUCUGAUUUCCCCAAAGUGAUGUUGGUUGUCACAGGCCUCAGCGUGUGGAUACAUCCAGCAGAGGUGACAGAAGGUCAGACAGUCACUCUGACCUGCAGUACCAGCUGUCCUCUGUCUGGUAACUACACCUGGACCUUCAACAGUAAACCUCUGAGCCAAAACAAGCACCUGGUUCUGGAUCCAGUCAGCAUCCAGCAUGCAGGAAACUACUCCUGUGCUGUUAGAAAUGGCAGGAUCAUCUCCAGUGAGAAGACUCUGACUGUCCAACGUGCUGCAGGAACAUUUGUAGCAGCUGCAGGAGUCGGUGCUGCUUUUCUCAUCAUCACACUUCUUGUUGUCUUCUUCUGGAUAAGAAAGAAGAGGACUUCAGGUCAGUCUGUUACAACUGAAGCAACAGACAAUACAGAGCAGCUGAACCCAGGUCUUCUGUAUGAAAACGUGUCAGCUCAGCCAACAGUGCAGGAUGAUCUUCACUACAGCAGUGUCCACUUCUCCAAGAACCCCACUGAUCCUCUCUACACCACCGUCCAACCUCAUCGGCCUAAAGAAGACGAGCACGUUGCUUAUGCCGUUGUGAACAUUAGACCCAAGGUGACCCCUGAAUUUGCCGUCACAUGUGUUCAGGGAAAACAAAGAAGCAUCUGUGCUUUGAAAAGUUCAUCAGUGAAUCUGACCUGCUCAGCUGAACAUCCAACUUCAGAUUUGGAAUGGUACUCUGGAUUCUGGGAUCACUCCAGGAUUGAAGUAUCUGCAGAUGGAAAUCGUUCAAAGUACAGCAUCUCAGAGGAGAAUAAUUUCACUCUAACAAUCAACAAUCUAACGGACACUGAUGCAGAUAUUUACUGCUGUGGAAAACCUACUGACAAAUCAGUCAACUGCCAGAUAAAUCAGACAAUUCUUCUCCAUGUUGCAGACCUGCAGGUGAAGGUGAUUCCCUCCACAGAGGGACAAACAGUAACUCUGAUGUGCAGCACCAGCUGUCCUCUGACUGAAAAGCCUGCAGCCUACAUCUGGUACAAGAACGGAGAGUUUCUCUAUGAGGACUGGUCUCCCUGGUACCAAGAGCUGCUCAGCAGUGAUCAAGCAGUCAGAUACUCCUGUGCUGUCAAAGGCUACGAGGAUCUCAGAGCUCCUGAAGUCUCAGUGGAUUCUGUCACAUCGACCUGCUUCAGUGUGACCUAUGCUACAGGGACGAUGUGUUUAUUUAAGAGUGAGCCCUGCUCCAUCACAUAUCCCAGAGGAAUACAUGUUCAAAUGACUCCUGGAAAAAAAGAUCAUUUCAGACUGACCUGUAACACCGGCUGUUCUCUGACUUCAUUUACGUGGUAUAAAGACAGAAAAACAGACAGACAGAAGGAAAAACAACAGAUUCUAGUUCCCAGCAGUAUUACAGGCAACCCCAGCUUCUCUUGUGCUGUAACUGGUUUUGAGGAUCUCCGCUCUGCUGACGUCUGUGUUGAUGAUAACAACUGCUGGAGUCUGAAUUGUGUCAACAGAAGAAUUUGUGCUCUGGAGGGAUCUUCAGUCAACAUCUCACAUGAAUAUUCACAUCCUGAAGAUGAGGAGCCAAAGUCUACACUUUGGUAUAAAGCAGAGGGAAAUGCUGAGCACAAAGAAUGGCACGGGCAUAAUGUGGAAUAUGAAGAGACAAAGAAGCAAAACAUCCUCAGAUUAGAAAAGCUGAAGAAGAGUGACUCAGCAGAAUAUAGGUUCAUUAUUGAGACAACCAACAAUGAACUGAAACACUGUGGUUUUCGUGGAAUUUCUCUGAUUGUUACAGGCCUGACAGUGACCAUGAGUCCUUCUGCAGAGGUGACAGAAGGUCAGAGAGUCACACUGACCUGCAGCACCAGCUGUCCUCUGACUGACAACAACAACUACAUCUGGUACCUGAACAGUCGACCUCUGAGCCAAAACAAACACCUGGUUCUGGACCCAGUCGGCCUUCAGCAUGCAGGAAACUACUCCUGUGCUGUGAAAACCCACGGAGACAUGGAAUCAGCUGUGAAGACACUCACUGUCCGUAGUAUUAGCACUAACUGGAAAGUAGCAGCUAUGGGAGUCGGUGCUGCUCUAAUGGUUCUAAUACUUCUCACUGUCAUCUUGUGGAUUGGUUUUUGCAGAAAAAAGAAGACUUCCAGCAAAUCUCCUAAUGAGGAAACACUGGACAAAUUGGAGCAGUACAGUGAAAUCUCAGCUCAACCAGCAGAGGAGAAACACUACUACAGCAGAGUCCAGUUCUCUAAGAACCACACAGAUCCUCUCUACUCCACCAUCCAGCCACAUCAGCCCCAGGAACAAGAGCACACCCCCUACGCUGUGGUCAGAAUAAGGUCCAACACCACUGAGGCACUCUGACCAGGCAGUGGACAACUAGACGUCAUACAACAGGAGAAACAAGGACAGCACGCUUCCCUAUGAGAUGUACAGAACUGGAAAGACAUCAUUAUCUCUGCAAUGUACUCGCAUUUAGGGCUUCCCCUUCUGUUCUUAUGUCCUUCAAUCCUGCUGUAGAUAAGCAGUCACACAUUUAGCAUCUUCACACCUCUGGAUCACACCUAAUAGUGCCGAUAAGGACUCGCAGCCUGCUUUGGGAAGUCACACCACCACAUUUUACUCUUGCAACUUCAGUGAGACUGCCACUUUCAACUGAUGUCACACAUCAUGAACAUUUCACAAACCCAUUUCAUGUUAAAUAACAGGAAGCUUGGAAGGCUAAGACUAUUUCAUUUAUGUAGAAGUAGUUAUAGCCCAUACAGUGUGUUUUACUUGUUUUCACUGCAAACAGGACAAAGUCUGAAUAUGAUUUGUUUCACAUUUCAGCACCAAGACUGGUUCAUAACCAAUCAAGACAGUUUGUUUGGCUUUAAAGACCCUCUCUGUUUGUGGGUAAAACCGUCAAAAAUCCUGUCAGUGUAUCAAAGCUACAUUUUUAGAUGUCUUUUUUCCAUGAAAUGAAUCCCCUUCUGCCUUAAAAUGGCUAAGAUGUAAUUAUACUCUCCCUCCACGCACCACUUCUCUCACUGCAGCUGGAGCACAUCAGCUCACAAAGGACUCUUCUCAACCUGUUAAACUACUCCAUACGUAAUGAUAUGUGUUUGAAUGUUCUUAUUGGACUAUCAUUUAAAAUACAGGUUUGUUUUACUCUUCUUAUUUAAUAAACAAUAGUGAAG